ACGGCUGCUGUGAUCGUUAUUGUAGUCGUCACCAUUAGUUUUGCCCUGUUUCUUCAUAGGUGUGCCGAGCUACAACUCGCACACUCACGAUCUACAUAGACCAAGAUUUACAUUCUUCAAGAGGCAGAACGUGAGAGCCCUGUUCACGAUUCUAUCAUGAACGCCUUUCAAAGCCUAUUUAGAUAUUUUCGUGGAUACUGGUCACAAGGUACACCACAGGAUGAAAAAGAACCACUGGAGGAUGAAAUUUCCCGUGAUGUACCCGAUGACGAUCUCGAAAAUGAAUCUGACGAAGAGACACAACUGCCAAAGAGAAAAAAAGUAAAAUAUCACCAGGAAUGGUUAAGCCGCCUGGAGACAGGACCCUUUUACCCUCACAAAUUGUUCUUCAGAAAUGUUAGUCCAGGUAUUUCCAAAGAGAUGCUCAUGAACUUCCUAGAAAUAGUCACGGGACAGGAUGACAUAGAAACUCUGUAUAGUGACAGACCUGGUGAUGUUCUGGUCACCUUCAAAACAGAAGUUGAUUUUUUGACAGUGAAGAAUAAAUGCCAGACAAAGCUACUGAAGGAAAGACAGCUGGAGGUAUGGAGGGUACCAGUCUCUAACAGCAUCCUCGUGGAGAACCUCAGCCCAGACACAGAUCCUGGCCAUGUAUCUUGCUACUUUGAAACCUACUUUGCUAAGGGAGGAACAGUGCUUGAGGUUCAGCCAGUAUCAGACAAACAGAAAUGUGUCGUCUGCUUUAAAGAUGCUAAUGUGGUUGACGAGGUCCUGAAGGUGCCCCACAGACUCGGAGGCCGGGAGCUGCGGGUCUCGCUGUAUGUGGAAUGUCUGGGACCCUCGGGAGGUAGAAGAGAGCCCUACAUCUUCGUCUGUCCCCCGCCUGUUGAGUUGACAGAUGAAGACAAUCUGAAAAUUGCCUUCCUCAGACACAACUCCGAAAUGUUGCAGAAGUUCAACCUCCACCUGUCAGAGGUCCAUGCCAAUGCCACUGUUGUGGGUAACGUGCUCAUUGUGAGUUGUACCCUCACAACAUCAAUGGACAGAGUAGAUUUACUGGUAGAAAAAUGGAGAGAUAAUGUAAACAAGCAACUGGAGCAUUGUUUUGGCUUCAUAAGACUUCAAAGAUUAGAAGUGCAGCCAGAAAUUUGGUGGGAUGUCAGAAACACCAUCAGUCAGUCUGAGCUCAACACUGACGAAUUAGUUUUACCACAAGCUGAUGGGUGCGCCUUUGCAGUUCUGGACAGAAGCUUUGAUGAAGGAGACACAUUUGCCCGCAUUCAAAAUAUUGCUAGUGUUAAACAGAAAGAGUUCGAGUCUGAGAAGCUGAAUGUGUCUGAAGCUAAAGAACUAAAGAUAUAUCAACUUGAUCUUUUGAUGUUAUCCACUUUUUUCACGGACAAAAAGUCGCAUCACAGAGACCUAAAAGUAGGUAUUAGACUCAACGAAGGAAAAGUUGUUUUUAAUGGUCCACCGAUGGCAAUAAGAGAAGCACAAUUGAAGAUGUAUGACAUCCUUCAGUCAGCCUCAUCAACAAUGGUGACUGGUGUACCUGAGGUUCAUGUUUCCCUUCUUGCCACUUACGAAGCUCGCGCUGCUGUGAACAAUCGUCUCAGACAAGCUCGACUUGUUGCCACAUGGGAAUGUUGUGGUAAUGGUAUUAUUGUCUAUUAUUUACACCAAACGGCUCUUCUACAGGCUGUGAACUUAAUAAAAACAUCAUUUAAAACAGAAUGCAUAUCUUUGGAUGAAGUGUCUUCCAGUCUACAAACUACAUCAGAAUGGAAAGACACCGUACAGAAACUUGUCAGAAAACAUCGCGGACUUGUCUCAAUCAACACACAUGACAGAACUAUUUCUCUAACAGCUUUUUGUGACCUAAUGCCGACUGUAAAAGAAAAUAUCAGAACUUUUUUUUCAGAAGGUAGUAUUUAUUCUGCUGCUUUUACACUUUCCCCAAGUCGACUGAAAUUUGUGACCCUUUUCUGGGAAGAAAAAGUCUCAAGCAUCGCAGUAAAGUUGAAAGGGUACAAAAUAAAUAUCACACUACAAAGUGAUAGGGUUCUGGCUAGAGGAACAAAGCAAGGAAUUGAGCUUGUGAGAAAGGAGCUGAAUUCCUUGUCAGAACAAAUUGUUUGUACAGAAGAACUGAUCACAAGAAAAGAAACCAUCAUGUGUCUUUCUACACUUUGGAGCAAUAAUGAACUGGAAGCCAUUGCUUGCGCCUGUAAAUGCGUCUUGUCUCUUCGUCCAGAGAAUGUCAGUGUUGAGAUGAUCACAACAAAUCUGUCGGCUGAAGGCCCUCGAGUACAUGCUGUACCAGGGGAUAUCACUCAACUGACAGUUGACGUCAUUGUGAAUGCAGCCAAUGAGCUCAUGGACCACACUGGGGGCCUGGCCGGACAUAUUGUUUAUAAAGGGGGUGACGAGAUACAGAAAGAGUGCUACCGCAUUCUCAAAACCAGAGGCAAGCUGUCAGAAGGCGAUGUGCUGGUGUCAGGACCAGGGAAGCUUCCCUGCAAGGCCAUCAUCCACGCUGUGGGACCUCGGUAUAAGGGAGGCAACAAAGGGGAAGAAGAAUGUCUGUGGGGUACAGUGCUGAAAUGUUUAAGGACUGCCUCUGACCUCGGCUACACUUCUAUUGCCAUUCCUGCCAUCAGUUCCGGUAUAUUUGGCUAUCCCGUCAAAGAGGCCACCCGGGUCAUAGUGCAGGCUGUGAAGCUUUUCUUCGAGACUAAUCGUGACAGCAGCAUCACAGACGUCCAGCUCGCUGACAUUCUAACAGACACAGUUGAAGAGUUCAAGAAAGCAUUUGAGGGAACGAUUAGCAAUUAUAUUCCGAUUACUAAACAAGCACCCUUUGUACUCCAAGGUCUUUCUGGGGAAGAAAAUUCAGCAACGACAACGAGCGUACUUGCCAAAGAACAGGACAUCACUGAAGUGGCGGUGGAUGUCAUAGUCAAUGCCGCUAAUGAAAGGAUGGCCCAUGAUGGUGGACUAGCAGAAUACAUUGUUAAAAAAGGAGGGGACAAGAUACAAAAAGAGUGCUAUCACAUUCUCAAAGCCAGAGGCAAACUGUCGGAAGGCGAUGUGCUGGUGUCAGGACCAGGGAACCUUCCCUGCAAGUCCAUCAUCCACGCUGUCGGACCUGUGUAUCGAGGAGGCAACAAAGGAGAAGAAAAAUGUCUGCGGGGUACAGUACUGAAAUGUUUAAAGACUGCCUCUGACCUCGGCUACACUUCUAUUGCCAUUCCUGCCAUCAGUUCCGGAAUUUUUGGCUAUCCUGUAGAGGAGGCCACCCGUGUUAUAGUGCAGGCUGUGAGGUUUUUCUUCGAUAGGAAUCGUGACAGCAGCAUACAAGUUGUUCUACUUUGUGAUGUCUUAACGAAAACAAUUGUAAACUUUGAAAAAGCGUUGAAAGCAACUGCACGAAAAGGCGAAAGGUCAGCGGUCAGUUUGCCUCCAAGCAGUCAAACAACAACGUUUCUGUUUCCAGGAAACGAACCUGCAUCCUCACAGGCAGCACAUCCACGCCAGCCACAUGGAGGGCAGCACGUUACCACAUCUGUCAACAUUGCUGAUGAAGCCAUGAACCAUUCUACACAAGGCGCUGUACAAAACGCCCCACAAAUCUCAACCCCAGGAGUGAAGGACUUAGAGUUUGGAGGAAUUCGUGUUACAAUCAAGCAAGGAGAUAUCACAACAGAACAGGUGGAUGCCAUUGUUAACAGCUCCAGUCCAAUGUUGGAUCUAAAUCGAGGUGCUGUCUCUCGCGCAUUGAAAGCCAAAUGUGGACAGGCCCUCGAAAAUGAGUGCAAGGCAAAAAUUUCAGAGAUAGCUCAACGAAAGGUGGUAACGACUGCAGCGUUCAACCUGAGGUGCAAGCAUAUUGUACAUAUAGACACUUCCCACUAUGUAAAGAAUGACAAGCUGACCACUGCCUACCUGGACAUUUUGAAAGAGGCCGACAACCUCGGACUGAAUUCCAUCGCUUUGCCUGCUAUUGGAACAGGGAAUCUCAAAAUUUCUCCAUGCAAAUCAGCUCUAGCGAUGGGCAAAGCUCUGGUCGCUCAUUCACGAAUCAGAAAAACUAUCAAAGCUGUGACAGUGGUUUUGUUUGAUGCCAGCAUGAUGGAAGAAGUUACUGUCAGUCUGACAGAACUAGCCGCGGUACAAGUUCUUAUACCGUCAACAAGCUCUAGAAGUCAGGCUGCAUUCAAGAGAUUGUAUCUUCCACAAAAUGGAGAAAUCCAGGAAGGGAGUAUGAGGACUAAGAACAACCCACUACCUGAGGUCCUUAAGCUGUACAUAUUCGCAAGUCAGUAUAAAAGAACUGAUUUCUUCAAAGCGUUGGAUGGUCUUGUGAAAAACAAGUUCGUAGAACAAGAAAUCAGAGACUUUGAUAAAGUUCCACUUCAGAAGCGCCAGGAACUGUGGAGAAAAUACGACCUGGAGAUGUGUCAGGGAAAGACCGGAGCCAGGGUGAAAGGCAUGGUAGACGAUAUUCAAAUGUUGAAAGAGGAGAUAAUCAACAUAACGUCCAGAGCAGAAAGACAACAACAAGAGUGUAUGAUUGCAAAGCUCGUUCAGUGGUACUUUUUUGAGGUGACAACUACUGGAACCAAACGCACUCCUUAUGAAAAAAGAGAAAAUCUGUUGAUAGAGAAUGCCUAUCAGAAUAGUCAGGACACAGUGGAACUGACAGAUUCAGAAGGAAUUGUCUAUGUCGUCAGCUUUAAGGACAUGACAGACUCUGUAAAGAUGUGUCCAACCGAGAGUGUACAGAUCACGAGAAAAGAAAUAAUAGCAGACUUGGCCAACAGUGAAAGUCUUCUGCCUGAGACAUGGGAGCCUCUGAACAGCGAGGAGUCCGUCAAGCGAGUGCCCCUUGUCCGUGGAUGCCCCGAGUACAACAGUGUGCUGGCCAACGUGUCCCUCACUGCAGGCAGCUCUUUGAACAUCAAGUCGAUCGAGCGCAUUCAAAACCCUGAGCUGUACAAGCAGUAUCUGGCGAAGAAGACACAAAUGGACAAACAAAACAACGGGAUGCAGUCUGAGAAAACCUUGUGGCAUGGCACCUCGUCAGACGCCAUAGACAACAUCAACCUCUACGGCUUCAACCGCAGCUUCUGUGGAAAAAUGCUACUUAUUACGGACAAGGUGUGUACUUCGCCGUCAACUCCAGCUACUCCAUGAGCGACACCUACUCUGUGAGAGAUCAGUCAGGGAGGAAACACCUGUACCAGUGCAAGGUGUUGGUCGGGUAUCCCACAGUCGGGAAUAGUGAUAUGAAGUUCUUACCUACUCGACAAGGACAGAUAAGAUACGACUCUGCCACCGACAGUAACUCAUCUCCAAAAAUGUACAUCGUCUUUAACGACACCCAGGCGUACCCUGAGUACCUCAUCACUUUCGAAUAACUGAUCAUUGGCAUAACAGAACAUCACAGGUGGUUCCUUGUGUCACCAUGGUCGUUCUGAUGUUUAUGGAAUUUCUGAGAUAUUUAUUAGUCUUGUUUUAUUUCAUUUAUAUUUUUUUGUUUGCUUAUUUGGGGUUAUAAUCAUUCUUCGCUUUAUACCUUGUGUGCUGUGUUACUGUUGCUAUGAAUCAUUUUUGUUGA